UCAGGAUCCCGCUGUGGCUCUAGGCGGUUUCUUGCAGACACAGCUCCUUCGGAAAGGAGCUACCGAGUGCCGAGCAAACACCUGAAGACGUGGAAGGAACUGCCUGGGGCUCCGGGAGAGCCGGGAGGAGAGCCGGGAGGGGCUCCGGGAGAGCCGGGCACGGCCCCGCAGCGCUGCCGCCGCCCGGCUCGGCUCGGCUCGGCUCGGCUCGGCGCGGCCCGGGGGAAGCUCGGCGGGGCCGGCCCGAGGGGGCGGGAGCCCCCGGCCCCGUGCCAAUGGCUGCGGGGGGGUGGCUCUGCCUGGCCGUCUCGCUCGGUUACAGGAUGGAAAUUCCCGGCCUCCCCGGGGAGGGAGCUCGGGCUGCGCGCUCUGAAAGGCUCAUUUAUCGCCGCGCUGCCGCCCAGAGCGGGGACCCGGGCUCCUGCUGCCGCCGGCCCCGGCGCAUCCCCGCCCCGCACGAUGCCCCGCGGCCCGGCCGCCGCCGCCGCCCCGCUGCUGCUGCUGCUGGCGCUGCUGCUGGCGGCGGCCCCGCCGCACGGCGGCUCCGAGAGCCCCAAGGGGAAGCAGAAGGCGCUCCGCCAGCGGGAGGUGGUGGACGUGUAUAAUGGCAUGUGCUUGCAAGGCCCCAGCGGCGUUCCUGGACGGGAUGGAAACCCAGGAGCCAAUGGGAUCCCUGGGACGCCUGGGAUCCCAGGAAGGGACGGGCUGAAGGGGGAGAAGGGCGAGUGCAUGCGCGAGAGCAUCGAGGAGUCCUGGACCCCCAACUUCAAGCAGUGUUCGUGGAGCGCGCUGAAUUACGGCAUCGACCUCGGGAAGAUCGCGGAAUGCACCUUUACCAAGAUGCGCUCCAACAGCGCCCUCCGCGUGCUCUUCAGCGGCUCGCUCCGGCUCAAGUGCAGGAGCGCCUGCUGCCAGCGCUGGUACUUCACCUUCAACGGGGCCGAGUGCGCUGGCCCACUGCCCAUUGAAGCCAUCAUAUACUUAGAUCAAGGAAGCCCCGAGCUGAACUCUACUAUUAACAUACACAGAACUUCCUCAGUGGAAGGUCUGUGUGAAGGGAUCAACGCUGGCUUGGUGGAUAUUGCCAUCUGGGUUGGGACGUGCUCAGAUUAUCCACGGGGAGAUGCUUCUACUGGAUGGAAUUCAGUCUCCCGAAUCAUCAUCGAAGAACUGCCAAAAUAACUUCCCUCCCUUUUUAUAAUACCUUUUUUUGUUGUUGUUAUUUUUUAAAUUUUGUACUAUUUUUUUCAGAAUUUAUUUCAAUAGAGUUGGAUGCAAGUACUGGACUGAAAGGCACCAAAGCCUUGCAUCUGUAGUCUUUGUCUUGUUUUUGGACA